CGCGUUCAAGAUGCCGCAUCGUCCUCUCAUCGCACUGACCGGCGCGUCAAGAGGGCUGGGUCUUGCCAUCGCCAGAAUAUUGCUCGCUGAUUUCAACGCGAACGUUCUCGCCGUCUCCCGCUCGCGCACUCCAGAGCUCGACGAACUCGCAAAGGCCUACCCCCAAGCUCUCACCAUCGCCCAGUGCAGUGUCACCGACCAAUCUGCUGUAACCCAAGCUCUCCUCCAGGCUGAACAGAAAUACGAUGCUCCUCUCGACGGCAUCAUCUUCAACGCCGGCACCCUCGAUCCUCUCCGCCGCAUCGACUCCCCCGAGAACACCGUAGACGCCUGGAAGUCCCACUUCGACAUCAACCUCUUCUCCGUGUUCGCUACUCUGCAGGCCACCCUGCCCUCGCUGCGGAAAAGCGAGCGCGGGGGACGGGUCGUGUUUGUGAGCUCAGGCUCUGCUGUGGGCGCGACUCCGGCUUGGGCGGCUUAUAAUGCUAGUAAAGCUGCGUUGAAUAGUCUUUGCAGGACGUUUGCGCAAGAGGAACCGGGCAUCGUCUCUGUCGCGUUGAGGCCAGGAAAGGUCGACACUGAGAUGCAAAGUGCUCUACGAACCCAAGGAGCGGGCCACAUGAGCAAGCAAGACUACGACAUGUUCGUGCGCGAGCACGCCGAAGGUAAACUGAACAAACCCGAAGACCCAGGCUAUGUCAUCGCUUCGCUCGCGCUGAACGCUCCCAAAGCCAUGUCAGGCUCGUUCGUCUCUUGGGACUCGGCGGAGUGUGCUGCGUUCAGGAGGAAGUAGGCGUGCCACGAAUUGUAAGUGUAUAGAAGAGUGUGCGGUUUGUACGGUUGUUGUAUGAGAGUGCUGUAAUACUACUACUUGACCUUGCGGCGAACUCGAUC